CAGGAAAUUCAUUCUUUGACUCACUUGUCUGGAGGUUUUGGUGCAACUUUUUAAGCUCUUCAAAAGACUUUACAUUCAUUCCUCUUACAUCGCAGAAAUAUUACGGUGACCGUCGGUCUGCUCCAUCCGUCUAAAAAUGGCCAACGAAGCAAAACCGUGUCCCUGUGAUAUCGGUGACCGGCUGGACUACGGGGGGCUCGGCCAGGAGGUCCAGAUCGAUCACACCAAAGCUUAUGUGGUGAAACCGUCCGCUCCGUCUGACCGGGCCGUCAUCAUCAUCCAUGACAUCUUCGGCUGGAAGCUUCCCAACACCAGAUACAUGGCUGACAUGCUGGCAGCCAAAGGAAACACUGCGGUGUGUCCCGACUUCUACGUUGGAAAGGAGCCGUGGGGUCCAUCCAAGGACUGGUCCAAGUUUCAAGAGUGGUUGAAAGACAAAAUGCCCACGGAAACAAACAAAGAGCUGGAUGCAGUGCUGAGGUUUCUGAAGGAGCAGUGUGGGGCCAAACACAUCGGAGCGGUGGGCUUCUGCUGGGGAGGGGUCGCCGCACAUUACCUCGCCCUGCAAUAUCUAGAGGUGGAAGCAGCUGUGUCCUUCUAUGGGAUCGUACGCGAGAGAGAAGACAAGUACGACCUGAAGGUCCCGACACUCUUUGUCUUUGCGGAGACAGACAACAUCAUCCCACUGGACCAGGUGAGUCUCCUUGAAACUCAACUGAAGGAGAAAUGCAGAGCUGAUUACCAGGUGAAGGUCUUUCCUGGUCAGACUCAUGGGUUCGCCCACCGAAGAGAGGACAUCAACCCCACGGACAAACCUGGCAUCCUGGAGGCCAGGGCAGACAUGCUCAACUGGCUCAAGAAGUACAUGAAAUAGGAAGGACAGGAAACUCCAUACAGGGAGUCAUAAGUGGUUCUUCAAUCACGUUUCUUUCUACAAACGAGAGCCAUUGACAUACUGAAAAACACACACUGAAAAAUGAGUUUCCAUUUACAAAACGCUAAGGUCCAUUAUAAUUCCAGUCUAAUUGAACUUUCUGGAUGCAAAGAAUUAAUCUUAAUAAAAAUAUCAAUUGGAGCACUGUUGGAAAAACUGCAAAUAAUGUCAUGUCAAGAAGGGAGGUUUAGACAAAACAAGACUAUGUCUGCAUCGUUUGUACAAUACGUUGGGUGUAUGACAUGUCAGCUGAGAUAAGAUGACCGCUCAGCAUAUGAAAUCUGUGUGAUGUGUGUGUCCGGUGUCGAGAAUGCCACUCCGGGUCUCAUGAUGAUCAGAUGUAUGUCUCAGAAUAAAGAACAUAUUGUCCUUGUACAAUGAGGUCAGUGCGCAAGAGCUUCCUGUUCAUACCGUAUCCCAGGAUAUAUGUGGGGGCUGGAAAAGACCGUGGCGCGUGACUUGUAUGUGUGUUAACUCUGUCUCCUGUUUGCAAACAUUAAAUGUCCGGUUUUUGAUAAUUUUUA